AGUGACCUUUGAGGAUGUGGUCGUGAACUUCAGCAAUGAGGAGUGGACUUUGCUGAGUCCAUCCCAAAAGAACCUCUACAGAGAUGUGAUGGGCGAAACCUUUAGGAACAUGACUGUAAUAGGAGGACUUGGGGAUAUCCAGGAAGAUGAAAAAGAAUGCAAAAUUUACUGGAGAUACUUAAGAAAUGACAAGCUAGGGCAAUCCUAUGGACAUACAUCUUGGAAUCAGUGUAAAGAAGUAUUCCUUUGUACUGAAGAAGGUAAUGUGAAUGUGAAAGAAGCAGAAACACACCACAAUGUUCAGAUCCAUGAAAAAUAUUGCAGUGGACAGGAAUCCUAUGUACGUCAGCAAUGUGGAAAACGGUUCAGCAAAUCUGGACAUUGUAAGCAACAUGAAACAAUUCACACUGGAGUGAAACCAUAUGUAUGUAAGAAAUGUGGGAAAGCUUUUAACACACGGGCAAAAUGUAAAAUACGUGAAAGAAUUCACACUGGAGAGAAACCCUAUGUAUGUAAGCAAUGUGGGAAAGGUUUUACCAUCUCUGGACAUUGUAAGGAACAUGAAAGAAUUCACACUGGCGAGAAACCAUAUGUAUGUAAGCAAUGUGGGAAAGCUUUUACCCGACAUGGACAUUGUAAGGAACAUGAAAGAAUUCACACUGGAGAGAAACCCUAUGUAUGUAAGCAAUGUGGGAAAGCUUUUAACACACAGGGAUAUUUUAAGAAGCAUGAAAGAAUUCACACUGGAGAGAAACCCUAUAUAUAUAAGCAAUGUGGGAAAGCUUUUAACACAUGGGGAGAAGAUUACACUCCAGCAGGCCCAACCUGGGCGGCCCGCGCCCAUGGACCACCCUGA